CAUUGGGUCUGGAGGGAACACAACCCUGUGAGGUCUGGGAUUCACCAAAGAUCCCCGAGGUGCUGUAGGGCUGGUAAAAACCACCGGGUUCUACCCCAGGAUGUGGAACAUGGAGCUACAGUCGGAACGAGGGCAGCCGCGCCGAGGACAUGCAGCACUAGGCAGCAAGAGAACAGCCAUCAGUCCAAGAACCUAGAAUAUUUUAUAGCUAUUUUGUACUGUAUAUUUUGUAUUUUAUAUUUAAUUUUUGUACUUUAUAUUUGAUAUUUCUUUUAUAAAUGCAUUUCCCUGAAUGACGCCAGCCUUGCCCCCCAGUGCUCAGCCCCAGGUGGGAGUUAAAAGAGAGAUAAACAGCUGCGCAACCCUGCAGAACAGCCCUCCUGCCUCCCGUCCCGCUGACGCAGGGGGAGCUGCGGGGCUGAGCAACACUUGUUUGAGGUUCCAAUUAAAUCUCCAGGGAACAGGGACACUCAUCUGCUCUCCAGAUAAAAGGGACCCAUAAAUCCGGAGCGCAGCAGCUCCCGCCGCAGCAGCCGCCUCCUCGCAGCGCCAUGGGCUCCGGGGCUCCAGGAGACCUUCAGCCCUGAGGAUCAGGACGCAGCAGGACGCAGCUGAGCUCCAGGUCCUCGCCAUGUCCCCGGGUGCCCAUGGCACACCCUGGCAGUGUCUGGCGGCGGGACGGGCGUCGCGGAGGCUGGUGCUGGUGGUGGUGUUCGUGGCGCUGCUGCUGGACAACAUGCUGCUGACAGUCGUGGUACCGAUUGUCCCCACCUUCCUUUACACAACAGAAUACGAAGGAGCCAACAGCUCCGUUGUCCCAGCCCAGACUGAGCUGGCUCCUCCAGCCUCGAAGUUUCCUCCUUUCUCCUCCGUGUUCUCCUAUGCUGACAACACCACGCUGUCCAUCGUGGGCUCCAGCAGCCCCACGGAGCUGGAACGCGGGACAGGGAGCGCCCCCCCCCGGCCCAGCGGCUGCCCGGAGGGCCAGGAGUUCCUCGCCAACGAAAACAUCCGCGUGGGGCUGUUGUUCGCCUCCAAGGCUCUGGUACAGCUGGUGGUCAACCCGGCCGUGGGUGUCCUGACCAACAGUGUUUGCAUUCGCCGGCUCCUAUACCUUGCUGUUCAUCGCCCGAGCCCUCCAAGGCAUCGGCUCCUCCUUCUCAUCCGUCGCAGGCUUGGGCAUGCUGGCCAGCGUCUACACCGACGACCUGGAGAGGGGCAACGCCAUGGGGAUCGCGCUGGGAGGCUUGGCCUUGGGUGUGCUGAUCGGGGCUCCCUUUGGGAGCGUGAUGUACGAAUUCGUGGGGAAAUCAUCUCCCUUCUUGGUCCUGGCGUUCCUGGCUCUCUUGGAUGGAGCUUUGCAGCUCUGCAUUCUGCAGCCCUCCAAGAUCUCCCCCGAGAGCACCAGAGGGACAUCGCUGGUCACCCUCCUGCGAGAUCCCUUCAUCCUGGUGGCUGCAGGAGCCCUCUGCUUCUCCAACAUGGGGGUGGCCAUGCUGGAGCCCACCUUGCCCAUCUGGAUGAUGCAAACCAUGUGCUCCCCGAAGUGGCAGCUUGGGAUGGCAUUCCUCCCGGCCAGCAUAUCCUACCUCAUCGGCACCAACCUCUUCGGGCUUCUGGCCACCAGAAUGGGCCGGUAAGUGGAAGGCAGAGAUUUCAGGUCACCCCAGCCCUGCGCUUUCCACAUGAAUCACACCUGGGGCUGAGAACAGCCACCCUCUGCUACCUGUGGGCUCCUUGCAGGUGGUUGUGCUCCCUCAUCGGCAUGGGCGUGGUGGGAAUCAGUCUCCUGUGUGUUCCUCUGGCCACAAAUAUUUACGGGCUGAUCAUCCCCAACGCCGGGCUGGGCUUUGCCAUAGGGAUGGUGGACUCCUCCAUGAUGCCCACCAUGGGUCACCUGGUGGACCUGCGCCACUCCUCCAUCUACGGCAACGUCUACGCCAUCGCUGACGUCGCCUUCUGCAUGGGCUUCGCCAUCGGUCCGUCCACAGGCGGCGCGAUCGUACGAGCUGUUGGGUUCCCCUGGCUGAUGAUCAUCAUCGGCGUUAUCAAUAUUGCUUACGCUCCUCUCUGCUGGUACCUGCGCAACCCUCCCGCUAAGGAGGAGAAGAUGGCCAUCCUAGGCCAGGGCUGCCCCAUGCAAACCAACAGCUACGCUGCUCAGAAAACCCUGCGCCACUUCCCGCUCACAGAUGACAGCGACGUGGAAGCAGAAAAUGUGGAAUAGCACCCACGAGUAUGCAGGCCCUGGUGUGAAGCUUCAUUACAUUGACAGGAUGUGGAUGUUUUCAUGCCCAAAAACCCCAAGAUUUCAGGUUCUACCAAAGCUCGUGGUGCCAACAGAGCCCCCUUCGUCUGUGCCACCACCACCGUCCCACUAAUGUGUUCCACGCUCCCCUAAAAACAGUUCAAAUAAAUGUUUGGUACAGCUUUA